AAUAGAUAUGAUUGUAUACAGUGAUGCAGUGUCACCAUCUUGCGAUUAUUGUAAAAUAUAAUCUAGGGAAUUUAAAACAAUAAAAAUUAUAAAAUUAUAUAAUUUAAAAAAUAUAUAUAUAUUUAAAAUAUAUGAUAUGUAUGGUAUAAUAUAUACAUACUGUGGAGAUAUAUACACAUCUGUAACACAUUUAAGCUAGUCAACAUUAAGAAGGGUUAAAAUAAUAUAGGUUAAGCAAAUUUAAUUAGAAAGAAUACCGAUAUACUUUACAAAAUUUUCUAUUUCUUUUAUUCUUUGUUAAGAAAUAUUAGUAAUACAAUUCGUGGAAAAGAUUGUUACGGAACAUUAUCCCAAUAUGACGAAUAUGACAGAAGAAAUUCAAAAAAAUUUAAAAACAGAGUUAGACAAGUAUAAACAAGUUCAAAAAGAUUUCCACAAAGCAUUGAGUCAAAGACAGCAGUUGGAUGGACAAUUAAAUGAAAAUAUUGCUGUUAAAAAAGAAUUAGAUCUCUUAAAAUCAGAAGAUGAUGUUUUUAAAUUAAUUGGACCAGUUCUCAUUAAACAAGAUGUAGAAGAAGCAAAGCAAAAUGUUGCUAAACGAAUGGAAUAUAUCUCCUCUGAAUUGAAAAGAGUGGAGGAAUUGAUAACUACAUUAGAUAAAAAACAAGACACACAUCGUGAAACAUUGGAAAAAUAUCAACAGAUGUUUCAACAAGCUCAAAUAAAGGCAUCAUUUUCUCAACCAAAAGCAUAAUUUCACAUAUGAAAUAAUUACAGCGUUGUCGCUUUUUGUUAUAUCAAUAUCAGAGAACAAAAAAAUUGUAUAAUCACAAAUGUGAUUAUUCUUAUUUCUAAUUAAAUUUGUUAAUAAAUUUCUUGUGAAGCA